AUGGCCUCUAGCUCAAAGCCGGCAGAGAACAAACUAUGGGGAGGUCGCUUUACUGGCGGCCUCGACCCCCUCAUGGAGCAAUAUAACGAGAGCAUUCACUUCGACAAGCUCCUCCACAAGCAGGAUAUCUUCGGCAGCAUUGCCUUCGCUCGCGCAAACUACACCAACAACAUUCUGACUCAACACGAGUUCGAGGAGAUUGAGAGGGGUCUUUUGGAGGUUGAGAAGGAGUGGGAAAACGGAACAUUCAAAAUUGUUCAAGGCGAUGAGGACAUUCAUACUGCCAACGAGCGUCGGCUCGGCGAGAUCAUUGGCAAGGAUAUUGCAGGAAAGCUCCAUACCGGUCGAAGCCGAAACGAGCAAGUUGUAUGCGACAUGCGAAUGUGGCUCCGUGACGAGCUGCGCAAGCUCGAGGGCCACCUCAUCAGCUUCCUAAAGGUCACUGCCGCCCGCGCCGAGAAGGAGAUCGACUACAUCAUGCCAGGAUAUACUCACUUGCAGCGUGCUCAGCCCGUUCGCUGGAGCCACUGGAUGCUCUCAUACGCCGUGGCUUUCGCCAACGACCUGGAGCGUCUUCGUGAGGUCAUCAAGCGUGUCAACCGAAACCCACUUGGCUGUGGUGCCCUGGCCGGAAACCCCUUCAACAUCGACCGUGAGGCCAUGUCCAAGGAGCUUGGCUUCGAGGGCCUGCUCUGGAACUCCAUGGCCGGUGUCGCCGACCGUGACUUCGUCACCGAGACUCUGCAGUGGGGUUCUAUUCUUAUGCAGCACAUCUCUCGCUGGGCUGAGGAUUUGAUUAUUUACUCCACUGGCGAAUUCGGCUUCGUUCGCCUUGCUGAUGCUUACUCCACUGGUAGCUCAUUGAUGCCCCAGAAGAAGAACCCCGACAGCUUGGAGCUUCUUCGCGGCAAGGCUGGCCGUGCCUUUGGUCAGAUGGCCGGCUUCAUGAUGACGCAGAAGGGACUCCCUAGCACCUACAACAAGGAUCUCCAGGAGAGCUGGGAGCCUAUGCUCGACCACGUCAAGACUGUCAGCGACAGCAUCCAGAUCGCCGAGGGCGUCCUUGCAACCCUUGAUACGCAGCCCGAGAAGAUGCAGGCCGCUCUCGACCCCUUCAUGCUCGCCACUGACGUUGCCGACUACCUUGUCCGUAAGGGUGUGCCGUUCCGCGAGACCCACCACAUCUCUGGACGUUGCGUCGCCCUUUCCGAGAAGACUGGCAUCCCGAUGAAUGAGCUCAGCUAUGAGCAAUUGAAGACCGUUGACGAGCGAUUCGAGGAAGAUAUUGCUGAGACUUUCAACUACGAGAAGAGUGUCGAGAUGAGGGCAGCCAAGGGCGGUACCAGCAAGUCUAGCGUUUUGGAGCAGAUUGCUGUUCUCAGGGCUUCUUUGGAGUAG